AUGAACCGAGCACAAGCACUAAACCCAACAACCAAUCCGAGUAGACUCCCUUUUCAAGCUGCAGCAAAUUCCAUUCUGAAUUCCGGUUAUCCGACCGGCUCUCCCAUGCGUUCAAAACUCCUAUAUAGUUACUACCUCUUCCGGCCUGACAAGAAGGCCAUUGAGUCGGUGAAUCGGCGCCUAGAGAAGCUCAUCAAUCUCUGUCGAGAUCCCCGCGUUAUGCUUCGAAAUAGUCCUCCCUACCUUCUGGAUAUUCUGCCAGAUAUCACCGACAAACUGAAACACAUCAUGUACGCAUAUCAGGGACGUCUUGAUGAGCUCUUCAAAUCCCCCUACUUCCAGGUGUUCUUGUACAAUCUUAACGAAAAGUGCGAGCGCACCUCACAGUUGUUCAAGGAGGAGAAGGACAAGAUGUAUGACGACCACUCAGAGCCCCGGCGAACACUCACCAGGUAUUCCCUCAUUCUGUCCCACAUUCUGAAGGAUCUGGAGGCUCUCUUUCCUAACAACCAAUACUCUCCCGAAGCCUUCCGCAUCACUAAACGAGAGGCCGCGGAGUGGUGGCAUGAGAACUUUGGCGAGUCGUCUAUAGUUUCCUGGGAGGUGUUCCGCACCCGACUGUUCGCCACCUUUGGAGUGUUGGAUUGCAAUGAGACACGCGAACUGCAAAACACUAUCGAUCUCACCUGCAACAACUAUGUCUCCGUCUUCGAGUUUGACGUUUUUGUGCGUCUCUUCCAGCCUUGGACUAAUGUUCUCGAGACCUGGAAGGCGCUAACCAUAAUGCAUGCCGGCUACAUGGCUUUCAUGACCUACGACGAGGUGAAGGCGGUACUGAAGAAGUUCAGAAGUCAUCCAGGCCCCGGUAGCUACGUGUAUCGCCUGUCCUGUACCAAGCUGGGCCAGUGGGCCAUUGGCUACAUCACUGAUAAUCUCCGUAUUUUGCAGACCAUUAUUCAGAACAAGUCGCUUGCUCAGGCUCUCCUAGAUGGUGAGCGUGAUGGCUUCUACCUCUAUCCCAACGGAACGCCCAGUCAGUCGUCUAUUUUAACGCCACUGGUGCGUAAUAUCACCCAUGCUCGUAUCCAAGUCUCUGAGGAACAGCACCAACUCUACUCGCGAAUGGGAUCUACCUUUGAGGUGUGCAAAAUAUGCACGGAGAACAAUAAGAACAUCCGCCUGGAGCCCUGUGGCCAUUUACUCUGUAAAGUCUGCCUUAUCAACUGUCAGAACGCGACCAGCGGUCAGACGUGUCCCUUUUGCCGACUGGAGGUGAAGUCCACAGAAGAAAUAAUCCUUGACCCAUUCAUUCCUUCCAACGAUGAGGAUGUAAUUGGACACCAUAUACCCGAAGUUACGGCAGAAGUGGAAGAAGAGGAAGAGAAAGAAGAGAAUGAUGAUGAGGCAGUAAUUGAGAGAGAGGAAGUCAACAAAACUGAUUCUCGCUUUCAGGACAAGGAAAUAGAUGCAGUUCCCUCUACUCGACCCUCUGCUUCCACUUCCACUGAUGUCAUGUUCUGCUCCAGUUCCGUGGAAAGCACUUCUGAUGGUGAGGAGAAUGUUGUGAAUUCUUCAAGGCGGCAGAGAAACUCCUCCUCAUGUUCCCUUCGUGGCACGAAUCCCGAAGUACAUAUUCCAGGUGGUUCGAGUUGCCUCAACGAGGCAGCGCAGGCGGUUGCCUUCGAUACGACCACCUUCAUGCGGAGGAGCGAUAUCGCCGGUGUGGUGCUGGAGGGCCCGCCUCUCACCACGGAGAUAGCAAGACGACUGCUGGAAAUUUGUGAGGGCAACGCGGAUAUUGCCGCUCGUGUGUGGCGACACUUCAUGCCGCGAUCGUGA